AUGGAGGGUGGUAAUGACACAGCAGUGACUGAGUUUAUUUUGCUGGGAUUCUCAGGUUUUGGCUCCCUCCAGGUGCCCCUGUUUUGUGGGGUGCUCUGCAUCUACCUGGUGACCUUGCUGGGGAACGCCCUGAUCAUCCUCCUCACACUGGCAGAUCCCUCCCUGCACUCGCCCAUGUACUUCUUCCUUCGCCACUUCUCGGUGGUGGAAAUCCUCUACACCACAACCAUCGUGCCUCGGAUGCUGGUUGAUCUCCUGUCCUCCUGCCCGACCAUUCCACUUGCCAGCUGCUUCACUCAGCUCUAUUUCUUCGCGCUUUUUGGCAUCGCUGAGUGUUGCCUGCUCACCGCCAUGGCCUAUGACCGCUAUGCUGCCAUCUGUCGGCCGCUGUAUUACACUACCCUGAUGAGAAGAGAAGUCUGUGUAAGGAUGGUGGGUGCCUCAUACCUCAUGGGCAUCAUCACUGGCACCAUUCAUUCCAUCUGUAUCUUCACCCUGCCCUUCCACGGCGCUAGCACCAUCCACCACUUCCUGUGUGACAUUCUGCCAGUGCUGAGACUGGCAAGCGCCAGCACCUUCUGGGGUGAAGUGGGGAAUCUUGUUGUCACUGUAGCCUUUAUUGUGUCUCCUUUCUCACUGAUUAUUGUCUCUUAUGCUUGUAUCCUUACCACCAUCCUUGGGGUCGCAACAUCUCAGGAACGUCAAAAGAUCUUCUCUACUUGUUCCUCCCAUCUGUUUGUGGUCAUGCUGUUCUUUGGGACAGGGACACUUGCCUAUAUGAGGCCUUGGGCAGGUUCCUUUCAGGACACGGACCAGAUCCUUGCCUUUUUCUACACAGUGGUCACCCCUGUGUUCAACCCUUUUGUCUAUACUCUGAGGAACAAGGAGGUUACAGGGGCCAUGAGAAGACUGAUGAAGAAGCAUCUUUGGAAUUCAUCAUCUGCCUGA